GAAUCGUCUUGGUUAGGCAUAGUCGUCGUCAAAAACACUCGUAAAACAAGCCAAAAAGUAGUUCAGUUGAAGAAAAAAGAAAAAUAGUACGUAGUUAUGUGAGCGACAAGUAGAUGGCGAUUGGAAACAAUCCAUGAAAACUCGCUCUCGAAUGCCAGUGGAAAAAAGGGAAGCCAGCCAGCCAAGUUUGACCGAUUUAGUGCCAAGUUAGUGCAAACAAAAAAAAAUUGUCAGCCAAUAGAUUGAUCCUAUUCCUGUGUGCGUUGCUGUAUUGUUAUCGACUGCUUUAACCUUCACUGAUCAAUACUGUUACCAGCGGACAUUGUUGCUACCGUCAAUUACAACAAACGAUAGAAUUACCGUUUGUUAUUUCCCAGUUACCUGUGUGAAAAUUUCUUCAUUUUUCCUUUUAGUGUCGUAUAUGUUCGAUGGUUUCAUUCCAGACAGCCAUGUCUGGAAUGGCUAGACUGGGCGGAGCGUAAUCGUUUUCUGUCUCUACGCAGUCCGAAUUUAAAAUUAUUUCAUCUUCGUUCCUUGAGUUCCUGUAUAUCCGCGUUCAACAUUUAUCCAAAUCAAAAUGGUUGGUGGCAGAAUAUAUUUUGCAUUGGUUGUUGCUCUGAGCUGCUGGGAAAUGGCGUUAGCCCUCAAAUGCCAUUGUGAUAUAUGCACUGUGGAGACCAACUACACGUGUGAAACCGAUGGUUUUUGCUUCACCUCAACUUCAUUAAACCGGAAAACUGGAGCCUUGAUUCAUGCCUACAGCUGCCUGGAAUCGGUCGACGCCAACAUCUGGUGCGGCGUCGGCAGUGACGACGAUGACGCCAUGACCAAAUACUUUGACGAAGAAGGCAAUCCAUUCAUUGUGGCAUGCUGCCGCCAAGAUUUCUGCCGGAAUGUCCAACACAUAACCAGUCACACCUUGAUCUCCGUAGAAGCAGAUCCGGAGAGCGGCGAUUCGAUCUGGUUCGUGUCUGGAACGUGGGAGACUGCCCUCAUUAUCGGAAUUCCGUUAGCCGUAGGCAUAGUACUCGUCAUGAUCUUGCUUAGCGUGAGGCAUCAGAAGCGAAGACGAAUGAUCAACCGACGUGUAGUCGACAUGGAGCACAAUAUGGAUUCUGCCGAUAUGCCCAUUCUCGGCCACAAUGGAGUGGGAGCCGCGUGUCUUAGAGACAUUAUUGAAAUGACCACUAGUGGCUCCGGUUCGGGUUUGCCUCUACUAGUCCAGCGUAGUAUAGCGCGCCAAAUUCAAUUGAUGGACAUUAUCGGCAAAGGCAGAUUCGGAGAGGUGUGGCGUGGACGGUGGCGCGGUGAGAAUGUGGCCGUCAAAAUCUUCUCCUCGCGCGAGGAGCGCUCGUGGUUCCGCGAAGCUGAAAUUUACCAAACGGUUAUGCUCCGACACGAUAACAUCCUGGGUUUUAUCGCCGCCGAUAAUAAAGAUAACGGAACUUGGACGCAGUUAUGGUUGGUCACCGACUAUCACGAAAAUGGAUCUCUCUUCGAUUUCCUCAACCGGACAACGGUGGAUAGCACGACCAUGGUGAGGAUGGCUCUCUCCAUCGCCACUGGGCUCUCACACCUUCACAUGGAAAUUCUCGGAACGCAAGGUAAACCGGCUAUCGCGCAUCGAGAUCUCAAAUCCAAAAAUGUUUUGGUUAAAGCCAAUCGCACCUGCGCCAUUGGUGACCUGGGCCUUGCCGUUCGUUACGAUGCUACCGUCGACACAGUUGACAUUGCGCUCAAUCAUAGAGUGGGCACCAAACGAUACAUGGCCCCUGAGGUGCUCGACGAAACCAUCAACACAAGCCAUUUUGAUUCAUUUAAACGUGCAGAUGUUUACGCGCUGGGUCUCGUUUAUUGGGAGAUUGCCCGGCGCUGCAACAUGGGAGGCAUCAUCGACGAAUAUCAACUGCCAUUCUACGAUGUCGUCCCGUCCGACCCGUCCAUCGAAGAGAUGCGCAAAGUCGUUUGCGUUGACCGACAACGGCCAUCGAUUCCCAAUCGCUGGCAAUCUUACGAAACACUGCGGGCCAUGUCGCAGUUGAUGAAGGAAUGUUGGUAUGCCAACGCAGCUGCACGUCUCACAGCGCUUCGUAUUAAAAAGACGCUGGCCAAUUUAGAUGCCCCUGAAGAUGUCAAAAUUUGAAAUACUGCCCCUCUCGCUACGUCAUUGAAAGAAAAGAAAACAGAAAAAAAAGAAACAGUUCAAAGGUGUUAGCUACUAUAGUUAGUGAAAAUCGCUUGUUUACUUUUUAUGUGUGUUAUGUGAAUGCGCUGGUGGUUGUGUGAGCGUGUCUCGUAACCUGCCAACUGACGUUUCCUCUUGAUUGUUGAUUGUGUGGAUGGCGAUGAUCGACCUUGCUAAUUGUGUAGUGCAUUUCUUUAUUAACUCUUUAUUAUUAUUUUUUUUUCCUUCUUCAUAUUAUCCUUUAUAUGACUGAAACAAACACACCCAAACUCACUCAUCGGUACGAUUCCGAAACAAUGAUUGCCUAUUGGAAUUUCUGCUUUUCGAAUUUUUUCAUCCUGUCUAAAUUACGUUGCUUUCAGAAGAGUAUAUAUAUAUAUAUUCACAUUUUGUUUUUUUCUUUUGUUUCAGUUUGUUUUAAUGUUUCUCCCGCUCAUUCUUUGUUUAUUUCUUCAUUUUUUUUUUUUUUCAAAACAUGAAACAACAUUGAUGACAUACAUAUACAGAGUCAAAGAUAA